GGGAUGAAGAGCAUCAAGCAGAUUAACUGGGGAAUAAAGGAUAAACGCAGCAUUCUCUGUUUACCUUGAUAUAUCAUCUAUUGAUGUACUGUUAAAUAGUCCGUGAUAGUUGAUUUACAGAGGCAGUGUUUCGCUUGAUGAAUACACACACCAUGGCGACCGAAUGCAACCAAGAAGCGGUUUUAUAUUUCAUUAAGGAGAACGGAGGACGCGUGAAGAACGCGGAUUUAACGGAUAAUUUUCGAGCUACAAUCCCCAAAGAUCCUGCGUUAAAACAAGCGGCGAAGGAAGCCUUUAAACGUUACGUAGAUAGCGUGGCUUACGUUAAAGAGGAAAACGGAGAGAAAUACGUUUGCCUCAAAAAGAAAUUCAGGCGUUCAAACGAGAAGAGUGACAUGAAUGAGCUCAAAUCCCACGGAGAAGAAGAACAUAAGGCCUGUGUCAGCAAAAGUGGAGGAAAAGAAGGAAUGUUAAUGUUAACGUUACCUGGCUCGGGUUACGGAACUGGUCAUGUAAAAUCACAACCGGAUCCUUCAGUCAGGUUUUCACAGAGAGCGACAGAAUCUGACAUGGGGAAUAAACACAGUAGCACGACGAAGGAGGAUAAAACUGAUUUAAGUCCAAAAAUAAACCGAUCAGAGAGUAAAGAUGAAGAACAAGAGAGGAAACAAUCUGAGGGAACUAGUUUGGGAAAUGAAGUGAAAAGUGAAUCAGAGUCUGGAAAAGAAAACCGUUUAACUGACGAUUUCAACCGUAAACAUUUCACCGAGGGUUUGAUUGACAGUUCGUCUCAGGUUCGUCUGAGAAGCUCCGUUUAUCUCCCGGGAAGGUGUCGCGACUCUCCGCGUCCUGACGCCGAUUAUGAGCCCGCGUCGUUGACGCUCGAGCCGCUGGAGCACGACUGGAUGAUGAGCGCGUCUGACGGACACUGGGACAGUCUCCAUCGGCUUCUUCUCAGGGAUCCCAGCCUCAUUACUAGGAAAGACUUCAUUACGGGAUUCACUUGUUUACACUGGGCGUCAAAGCUCGGGAAACACGAGCUGAUCGUAAUGCUAGUCAACUUUGCCAAAGAAAAUGGCAUCGCGCUGAAUGUCAACGCGCGCUCCAGCGCGGGAUACACGCCUUUACAUUUAGCCGCGAUGCAUAAUCAUCUCGAGGUCGUUAAGUUGCUAGUCGGCGCGUUUGACGCCGACGUGGAAGCUCGCGAUUACAACGGGAGAAAAGCGUGUCAGUAUUUAAAGAGCGACAUCGCGCAGAACAUUCUAGACAUCGUGGGCGCGUGCGUUGAAUCUGACACGGAUCACGUGGAUGUUGGAGACACGAGUCGCUGGAGAUUAUCGAGGGUUAUUCAGUCCAACUUCAGACCUUUGAAAACACAAAACCACAACAGUAGCGAAGAGGAAAGUAGCGGCGUGACCAGGAAAUCUUCUCUUCGCAGGAAAUCUUCGUUUACUAAAAUGAGACCCAGUCUGAAUAAAAUCAGUCUGCGGUCGCAGAUCGUGCACAGCACUUCUCUCAUGGACCGAUUCGAGAAAGAUGCGACAGAAGAGCCUUCAAACCUCUCAAGACCCAAAUCAAAUCUCUUUGGGUGACACUGGGAAAAGGUUCUAUAUGCGCUUCAUAUAUAGACUAUCUAUCAUGGGACUUUAUGGAUUUAAUUUCAGUUCAUUU